AUGAGGCCAUACUCCGUUGUGGAGAAUAAAGGCUUUAAAAACAUGAUUAAGGUGCUUGAGCCACGGUGCGAAAUACCCUCGCGCUACCACUUUACAACCAAGAUCGUUCCCGAACUUUAUGAGGAACAAAAAAAGAUUAUUGUAGAUGAAUUAUCCAAGGCAUCCUCCGUUGCCCUCACUACAGACGGGUGGACCUCUAGAGCCACUGAAAGUUACAUGACGGUGACUGCGCACUACAUAACAGCGGAGUGGGAGAUAAAGAGCCCAGUGCUGCAGACACGCCCACUCUACGAGAGCCACACCGGCACAAAUCUGGCGCAGGUACUGACAGGAACAGUAGCAGAGUGGAAGGUAGAGAGGCCAAAAAACAACAUCCCAGUCACCACAGAUAAUGCCAAAAACCAAGUAAGUGCAGUGAAGGAAGCUGGUCUGGGGCCACAGAUAGGGUGCUUUGCCCACGUGAUUAAUUUAGCAUCCCAAAGGGGAUGUCCAUCACACAAGAUGGACAGACUGUUUGGGAGGAUCAGAAAGGUGGUUUCAUUUUUCCACCGCAGCACAACAGCAGCUCAUGUGCUUAAAACAAAGCAGGAAAUGCUACAGCUACCUACUCACAAGCUGAUGCAGGAUGUCCCAACAAGGUGGAACUCCACGUAUGUCAUGUUGGAGCGCUAUCUUGAGCAGCAGGCAGCUAUAUUCUCUGCACUGACUGACAAGGCCCUGAAAAUAAAUAUCAGAGACAUUGUCACCUUGUCUGACGAUGAUGUGAACGUGGCAGAGGAGGUCCUCCAGGUGCUCAAACCACUCAAAAUGGUUACAACCCUAUUAAGCACUGAAUCUGCUCCAUCUGUCUCCGUGGUCCUACACCUAAAAACAAAGAUUAUACAAUCCAUGUCCCCAAGUGAGGGAGACAGCACCAUCAGCCGAGAUGUCAAAGCUGCUAUUAAAGCAGACCUGAACCGCAGAUACACUGAUCACCCCGAUCUACAGAACUAUCUUCAUAGAUCGACUGCACUGGACCCAAGAUUCAAGUCCCUGUCUCACCUAGAUCCUGCCCUGCGCCAGAGAACAUACAACGAUCUCACCACUGAGAUUGUGGGCAAGUUGGGCACUGAAGAACAUGAAGAGCUAAAAACAGUUUAAAAAGGUCAAGCCACAGAGCCAACAGGAGGAGGCGCAGGGACAUCUCCUCCACAAAAGAAGUCAGCCAUUGAGG